AUGCUCGCGGCGACUCUUAUACGGGAUACGUACCGUAGGGCUGGACUGGAUCCACUGUGCGAUGCGGACCGACCCCAAUAUUUUGAGGCCCAUGGCACAGGCACGCCAGCAGGAGAUCCGAUCGAGGCAGAGGCCAUCCACUCGGCCUUCUUCGGAGACAAGGAUGCGACUGACGGGCGCCUCUGGGUCGGAAGCAUCAAGACGGUAUGCGGUCAUACUGAAGGCACUGCCGGCAUCGCUGGGCUCAUGAAGGCAUCACUGGCGCUGCAGCAGGGCGUCGUGCCUCCGAACCUGCUCUUCAACCGCCUCAAUCCCCGCAUCGAACACUUCACCGCCCACCUGCAGGUACCAAGACGCGCCGAGCCAUGGCCGAAAACACAAGGGCGACCACGGCGGGCAGGCGUCAACAACUUUGGCUUUGGCGGCACCAACUGCUUUGCGCUGCUCGAGGCAUAUGGUCAGCCGUCAGCAACAACAGCCCAUGACGGUACGGCUGCCGCUGUACCCUUUUUGUUUUCGGCCGCGUCUGAAAAGGCGCUGAGCAGAUACCUAGAAGCGUUUGCAGCCUUCGUCGAAGCCAACGAGCAGACCGUAUCUCUACGCGAUCUGGCGUACACGUUGCACAUACGCAGGAGUCGCUUGCAGUAUGCGACAGCUGUGGCAGCCUCCGAUGCUCGCGAGCUAUAUACCAGACUGCGCGAGAAGCUCCAGGCUGCAUCAUCUGGCAGUCCCGUGGGCGUCCGCGCACAGCUGGGGCGCGAUAUCGGCAUCGUGGCCAUCUUUACGGGACAGGGCGCCCAAUGGCCUCGCAUGGGCGCCGGGCUGCUCAAACAUUCACCGGUAGUGGACAUAAUCGCUGACCUCGAGGGGCACCUGAGCCGUCUACCGCCCUCUGACCGUCCCCAGUGGUCACUGCGUCAGGAACUGGAACGUGGUGCCGAUUCCUCGCGUGUGGGCGAGGCUGAACUGUCGCAGCCGCUGUGUACCGCACUUCAGAUUGUGCUUGUUGACCUCCUGCGCGCUGCCGGCAUUACCUUCACCGCUGUCGUCGGCCAUUCGUCCGGUGAGAUUGCCGCCGCAUAUGCUGCCAACGUCCUCUCUGCCCAUGAUGCCAUUGCCAUUGCCUAUUACCGCGGCAUGCACACCAAGCUCGCCGGUAGUCAGGGCCACAGGGGUGCCAUGCUGGCUGCCGGCGUCACGGCUGAGGACGCUUCAGAGCUCCUCGAAUCGCCAGUCUUCGAGGGCCGUGCCACAAUCGCUGCCUACAACGCCUCUUCCAGUCUGACACUGGCUGGCGAUGCCGACGCUAUCGAAGAGCUGCAGGCCAUCUUGGAAGAUGAAGACAAGUUCGCGCGUUUACUCAAGGUCGACAAAGCUUACCAUUCACAUCACAUGGCCCCGGUCGCCGGGCCUUAUGCCGAUUCUUUGCGCGCUUUGAAUAUCCAAGUCUCUACCCCGACUUGUACCUGGAUUUCCAGCGUAUCUGGAAAGAACAUACUUGACCAUGGUCUGGACAGCUUAAGCCAUCAGUACUGGGUCGACAAUGCCGUGAACCCCGUCUUGUUUAUGCAAGCCGUUCAGAAGACAGCCGCCGACCUUGGCUCUGGUAACAAUCUUCUCGCUCUUGAGGUUGGUCCCCAUCCGGCGUUACAAGGCCCGGCAACACAAACAAUUCGAGAGACAACUGGAGCGGAUAUACCCUACACAGGUCUCUUGAAAAGAGGGGCCCGAGACAAUGUAGCUGUACCAGAAGGGCUAGGUCAUAUUUGGACACACCUGGGCCAGCCCUCACUUGAUCUGCAGGCCUUCGACUACUUCAUGUCUGAGAAAGCUCCCCGCAGACUCGUCAAGGACCUUCCAACAUACGCGUGGGAUCAUCAUGUCGACUAUUGGCACGAGUCGAGAUAUACCAAGGCUUCCAUGUCUAGACCCAGGGUCCACGAGCUUCUUGGGCAUAUGACCAGCGAUGCCUCCGUCGAACAAGAGCUGAGAUGGCGUCAGAUCCUGAGCCCCUCAGAGAUCCCUUGGCUUGGUGGACACCGCCUCCAGAGCCAGAUCGUCUUCCCCGCUGCUGGGUACGUGGUGCUUGCUAUCGAAGCCUGCAGGGAAUUGCUCGCACUUGUUCCUGCGUUUGGACCCGCGAAGCUCAUCCAAGUCCAUGAUGUCAAUAUCCAGCAAGCUUUGACAUUUGACAGCGACGAUUCCAGGGUGGAGGCUAUCUUCGCGCUCAACAAUAUCACUCGGGAAGCCGACAUAGUCUCUGCCAACUUCAAGUACUCGGCUGCCUCCUCGGGGACUGGUCACGGCUUGCACAAUGACUCACAAUUACGCGUGCUUACUAGUGGCUACGUCAAAAUCUCUCUCGGGGAAUCAAGUCCUCAAACCCUUCCGGCCAGGGGUCCGUCUCCUGACAGUCUGCUCCCCGUUCGAGCAGAAGAAUUCUAUGAGUCGCUGGAGAAGAUGGAGUAUGAGUACUCGGGGGAGUUCCGUGCUUUAUCAGGUCUUGAAAGGAAGCUUGGCGCAGUCACUGGCUGUGUUGCAGGCCCUAGCAAAGACUUGAAGUCGGAGCUCUUGGUCCAUCCUGGUAUGCUAGACGCAGCUUUCCAAGCAGUACUUCUCGCCAAAGCAGCACCUUUUGACGGCAGCCUAUGGAGCAUGCACGUUCCGAAGACCAUAGAUCGUAUCACAGUCAACCCUUGCACUUCAGGGAGUCAUGUCACCAGCGGUCAACAAUUGCCGUUCAGCUCGUACCUGCAGAACAGAAUGGCCGACUCCUCCUUCAAGGGUGAUGUAGAUGUGUAUCCCCCACGGGUACGUUCGUUCUCGGCUUCAGAUGAGUCUAGCCAUGCAAUGGUCCAAGUCGAAGGGCUCGACUGCGUUCCAUUCUCUCCACCUACUGCUCAAGAUGACCGAGAGAUAAUGUCCGUCAUGGUAUGGGACAGUGCCUUCCCAGAUGCUGGAAAGGCUGCCUACGAUCUCAGGCCCAUUCCCGACCCACGAGAGCUCGAACUGGCUCGUUUUCUCGAGAGACUGUCUUAUUACUACCUCAAGCAACUACAGGAUUCCAUUCCUCUCGAUCAUCCAUCUCGAAAAGACGGUCAACCUCUCAGUAAACUUUUUUCCUUCGCCAAAUACGUCGAUUCUCGAAUUGCAAGUGGUCAGCUACCUUUUUGGAAAGAAGAAUGGUUCCAAGAUACGCAAGCAUCCAUUGCUGCAGCGUCGAAGCCAUUUGCAGGUGUCGCCGACUACAAGCUACUGACAAGAAUCGGUGAAAAGCUGCCCGAAAUUGUGGAGGGCAAGACAUCAGCGAUCGAGCUUACCAUGAAGGAUGAUCUCCUGAACGAUUUCUACCCUGUCGCUCUUGGAAUGGCCCAUCAUACCAAGUACCUUGCAAGAACCGUCAAGCAGAUCACGCACAGAUAUCCCCAUAUGAAGAUUCUCGAGAUUGGGGCUGGCACAGGUGGUGCGACAAAGGCGAUUCUGGAUAUGGUGGGCGACAGCUUCUCGUCUUACACCUUCACCGAUAUCUCCGCAGGGUUCUUCCUCAGGGCUCAAGAGCAGUUCAGUUCGUUCCCAUCAUCUUCGCGGUUGGCGUACAAAGUCCUCGACAUCAGCAAAGACCCUUUGCAGCAGGGAUACGCAGAGAAGGCUUACGAUUUGAUUGUUGCGUCUCAGGUACUGCAUGCGACCCCGGUGAUGCGUCAAUCUCUCCUGAACACAAGGCGGCUACUCAAACCCGGUGGCUACCUCGUAGUCAAUGAGGGGAUCAACAACGAUACUGCACGUCUUGGGACCAUUUUCGGUGCAUUCCCUGGCUGGUGGCUAGGUGCGGAGAAUGACGGCCGAAGCUUGGGCCCCAAUCUUGCCGUGUCCGAAUGGAAUGAGCUUUUACGCGGCACUGGGUUUUCAGGAUGCGAUUCUCAGGUUGCUGUUAUCGAUCCUCUUUUGACUCCGAACACUGUCUUCGUUUCGCAGGCCGUCGAUGCCCGAGUAAACUUCCUCCGCGACCCGCUAGCUGUCUCUCCACAAGCACUGCAACUACUAAACCCCGCAACGGAACCUUCAAUGCAGGAAUUGUUGAUUAUCGGCGGUGAGAAGGCUACAUCCGCAGAGAUCGUUAGCCGAUUGGAACCUCUCUUGAAGAAGUACUUUGCCAGGAUGACACACCUCCGCUCGCUUGCGGAUGUCGCGGCUCUGAAUGUGCACGUCUCUUCCCAGACGACAAUUCUGAGUCUCUCCGACAUCGAUAAGCCGAUGUUCCAGGACCUCACUGAGCGCGAUCUUCGAUCAAUGAAGUAUCUCUUGCAUAAUGCUGGCUCAGUGUUGUGGAUCACGCAGGGGCGGCGUGCUCAGGAUCCCUUCGCCAAUAGUAAGUCAUCCAGGAACCCAAUCUACUUUUCUUUAGACUUUUAA